CGGCGCAACGUCAUUGCGCAUGCUCGAUACUCCCCCCGCAAAGCACGGCACCGGCUUUCCAGUCGCCGGUCCGCACUCUCCAGCGCGCAUGCUCGUCGGCCCAGUCCUGCCCAGCGAGCCCUGCGGCCGAUCCCGACGCCAGCGAAGUGCGCAUGCUCUCCGUCCCUCUCCGCCCCGCCCAGAGCGCGGCGCCGACGACCCAGACAUCCGUGCGUCACGCGCCCCGCGCACGCUGUGGCCCCGCCCCGCGCCCCAGCCGCCGAGCGUCCUCGCGGCUGUACGCGGUUGGCGAGCGUGGGGAUCCCGGGGCUGGCGUCGGGCGGUUUUGGGGCCGCUUGGUGUGCCCCCGCCUCCGCGCCGCCACCCGCGCGCUUCCUGGUUGUUUCGCCACUCUAAUCCUCCCGUUUCCGGCGCUGUGUGCCGGGCCGCACGGGCCGUCCCUCGGAGCCCUCGCCGUCGCGCCGUCGCGUGCGGCCCAGGGACUGGGGUGGUGCCCGCGUCCGCGGCGCGUGGGACCUGCGCGGGAGCCGGCGCGCCCCGGAGUGCGCCUCGUCCGCGACCGCGCGUCUGUGUCCUCGGCACCCUGCACCGCCCAGGCCUUCCCUCGCCUGCGCUGCCCCGCCUGGCCCGCACCUCUUCUGCCGGAACCUGCAGUUGCUUACGAAACCUCUGAGUGCUCGCUUUGCAGGGUGCUGACCGUCUGUGUUCUUGUCAAGGGUUCUGAGCUGCGUGCAGGACACUCGAGUUGCUUGAGGGGGCUCUCCCUCCCAGGCUGGCCGUCCCGCCGCCCCGUCCGCACAGCCGGGCAGAGCCGCUGGAGCGUGCCGCGCGCCGCUCUCCGCCACACUCGGUGCCUCCUUCCCGCCUGUGCACCAGGGCGCCCUGCUCAGCUGCGCCGGAGGCUUUCCCUUUCCGCUCUCCGCCUGGCCUGGAUUUUCCGGUGCUCCUCCACGCUGUUGUCUUCGGCCCUGUGGCGAGCCAGUGGUGGUGAUGUGGAAACCCCUGGCUCGCCCUUUCUUCGCCGUGGACUUCGGCCCUGCCCUGCUGCUUCUCCCACAGCUGAAAACUAUGAGUUUACUUAUUCUGACCGACUUUUGAGUUGUGAGAAGGUGAUCUCACACUUCAUGGUCACAGGCAGUUUUUUGUUUUGUUUUGUUUUGUUUUUGUCUUUUAAACAAUGGUGAUUUUAUUGUGCCAAACGUAUGCUUUAAUUGAAAUAAAAUUUGAAAGUACAAGGAAAACAUACAAA